CCACCGAUCCAGUUAUAGAGGUGCAUGAUGGUAUUCAAUGGGUCGUCUUUACGUAUUCAGUCAAAGGAAAUAAUAAAGAAUAUCGUAUACGUAUCGAUAUUGAUAAUGUUAAUCUUGAUAACGUUGAUGAAAAAUUUAGACAAGCCAAUUGUCUUUACCCUAGAGCCAAUUGUACCGAAGAUAAAUAUCAAGGGAAUAGAUGGGCCUAUGAAAAAGUUUGUAAUGAAUUAGGUUGGAAAUUAUCUUGGCUUAAUCAAGAGGAAAUUGGUGGGAAAAGGGGAUUGUUACAAAGAGCGGUUGAUAGUUAUCGAAAUCGGGAUCCCUCAUUACGAUCUCGAAGGGUGGUACGAAAUGAAAAGAUUAUGAAUGGAACGUUACGUAAGAGGAUUACUCGAGAUAACGAUACAAGAGAUGGUGGAUUAGAUAAUUCGAAUAAUAAUAGUAAUAAACGACAAAGAAAUGGAAGUAAACAAUUAACGGUGGAAACUGUAGACAAAGGAAUAGUUACAAAGAUUCGUAUAAGAGCAGAUAUAGAAUGUGUUAAUAUUUCAGUUAUACCCGAUGAUUUUAAAAGAGAUAAUUGUGUAUAUUCCAAAGCGUUGGUUCCGAAAGAAAAUUAUCAAGGAACAAAUUGGGAAACAGAAACAGCGUGUAAUGAAUUGGGUUGGAAACUGGCAUACAUGAAUCGUCCUAAAUUAGAUGGGAAGGGAUCGCUUUUACAAACCGUAGUAGAUAUGUAUCGAGAUAAAUACACCAGAGAACCUAGACCACGAAGAGGAAGAUAUUCACAUACACUUUCAGCUAAAUUCUUUGAGAAUCAUCCACGUGAAAUCACAACUGAUCCUAACAGCACUUCACCUAUUGCGAUCGACAAUAAUUUAAUUAAUGCACAUCUUAAAAAUAGACCAACAAGUGAAGAAUUGUGUAUUAUUAUUGGUGAAUGGUAUAAUGCUUCAUCUAAUAAAAUCAAUAAUCCAGAAUAUUAUGAAAUAUUUAAACGUGCUGAUAAAGAAAUGGCCAAAAAUGAUGAAUUAGAAUCAUCCCCACAACAUCCUGAUGCAUAUGAAGAUUCGAGGGAUGAUUCAAGAGAUACUAGAGAUAAUUUAGAAAUCAUAGAAUUUCCAGAUUCAUUGGAAAUAACAAUCGACCAAGAAUAA